AUGUCCAACUACAAGACGGCAGCGGAGUAUGCGGGGAGGUACAUCGACGAAGCGACGAACUCGACCAUCGUGCUCGAGAUAGACCCGAAUCACGAUGACGGGCCGGAAAUUUGGGUUUCCAGAGAUGUGGUGCGCGGAUUCGACGUGCUGGAAAACUAUCUCCUGAACAACAAUCUCCACUGCAGAGCCCCCAGCACCACGCCGCUCGUCAGGCUCCUCCGGCAGCUGACCGAGGAUCUUUCGACCGGCAAGAGGCAGUCGUAG